AUGAAAAUAUUAAUUGGCAUUAGUGGAAGUAUUGCUGCAAUUAAGAUUUCUGAAAUAAUCGAAAAACUCCAAGAACAUUGUAAAAUAAAUAAUAUUUCUGUCGAGAUAAAAUACGUCGCAACUAAUAUUGCUUAUGAAAAAUUUUUGAAAUCUUUUAAAGAAAAAAUUUUCUUAGAUGAAGACGAAUGGUUGUGGCAAAAAAGGGGAGAUACUAUUUUACAUAUAGAAUUAAGAAAAUGGGCAGAUAUUUUUAUAAUAUGUCCUUUGGAUGCUAACACUUUAGCUAGUAUAUCUAAUGGGAUUUGUUCAAAUCUUUUAACUUGUAUUUGCCGAUGUUGGGAUUUUAAAAAAACUUUUUUGGUUUUUCCAUGCAUGAAUACAUAUAUGUAUAAUCAUCCGAUUACAAAAAAACAAAUUGACAUAAUUUCUUCAUGGGGAAUAAAAGUAAUUGAUCCAAUAGAAAAAGUAUUGGCUUGUGGUGAAUAUGGUGUUGGAGCUUUACCUAAUGUAGAAAAUGUCAUAUCUGAAAUAAUGAAGUAUUUACAAUAG